CGUCAAGUGAACUGAGUGUUUCCUAACCUCUUCACAAUUUUAAAAUUAAGUUUGUUGUUAAAUUAAUUUAAAUUUAAAUUUAAAUUUAAACAUUUAAGCAUAAAAUAUCGCGAUGAACGAAUACGGAAAAAGACUGUAUCAGUAUUUAAAAACUUUCGCAGUCACCAACUCAAUGAGUGGAGAUUUAAAAAAACUCAUCAAAGAAAACAUGUUCGAUAAACCGAACACUGCCGGGUUCAUCCACGUGUCCCAUUAUCUUUUGACAAUUUAUGAUAAAGAGAGAUUUCAACAGUCGGUCGACUGGCCCAUAUUAGACAAGUCUGGAGAAGCCAAAUAUCGAACUCAAGUAAAAGCUUUACUUCCAAUAAUAUUCGCCGAGAAUCAAGGGUUUGAAUGGACACCGGUUACGGCCACACAUUUGCAUACCGCACAUGGGGAAAAGUUUACGAGGCUCAUGUUCGAUCUUGCCAUGCUCGCUGCUAAAGCUUUUGUUGAACGUAAUUCUGAUGAAAAAAUUUUGAGUCGUCCGACUGCCAAUGACCCUCUUACCCGAGCUUUGUUUACAAACACUGCAGCUAAAAUUAAUCAGGAAAUUGCUGAGAUGCAGAAAGAUCAUGAUGAGACAACAGACAGAGCCAAAGCUCAUGUUGAAAAAACUAUUGCGGAAAUAAAUGACAAUAAUGCUAAAAUAUUUGGAGCGAAAGAAAAAUUGUCUGAAGUCGCAGGGGCUUGUCCUGGUGAUGCUGAGUUUAAAAAACGUCUCCUAGAUGUUGAUGAUAAGAAAAUAAUUGAAGAAUGGAAGGAGAGUAAUCAUGCCAGAUUUAAUUUGCUCAAAGAAAAAGUGUCCAAGAAAAAAGAAUUAGCGAACAAAUUUGUCGAGGUUGACAAUUUGGUGAAAAGUAUUUAUGGCGAAGACAAAAAAAUACUUGAUGGCAAUGCUCUGGGUAAAGUGAACAUCGAUAACCUGAUGAAGUAUCCAUUGGACCCCGAGUCUAAAGUCGCCUUACAUAAUUUGUAUGACGAAAAUGGCGAUCUCGUUUUAAAGAACAUGUUGAUUGUUUUGAAAGCGAUGCUGGAGCACUACGGGAAUAAGUCAAAAGACGAAGAUUUUUUUACUCCCGAGGACCUGCAGGAUGUCAAGACAGGGCUGGAUAACUUGCGAGCUAUUUCUGAUGAACUGAAUAAUAUUAAUAACAGAAUAGACCAGCUGUCAAAUUCUUUACCGAAAGAUGAACCGGAGCCGGAACCGGAACAGCACAGAUCUUGUUUUCCUGAUAAAUCAUUGGGUCUAGAUCUCCUGAGAUCUCCAGUUGUGAGCUUCGAUCCAAAUGAACAAAUUGAUAACUACUCCGAGCAACGUCUCGCCCUCACUCCAACAGAUUUGCCUUUUAAGUUGUUGUCCACUAGGUACGGCAAGAAGGAAUUAGUUGGGAAUUCCGUCGAAAAGUCAAAGCCGAUGGUUCCUAAAAUAAACUUUGAUGACUCAUUCAAUUUACCCAGUGAUAAAAAAAAGGUACCGCCGAUUGAAAAGAGCAAACUUAAGAACCAUCGGAUUCCCGAAAGUAUCAUGCGUUUAUUUACUGAACGGUCGUGUAACAUCUCGAGUCUUCCAAGCAAAAGAGCUGAUGACAGUUUCAGUUCUCCGAAAGUGGGUAAAAUUAAAAAAGAAUCUCCAGCGACUAUCACUCGGCCGCUACAAGAACUUGCGGAGGAAAAUUCUGUUGAGGCGAAGGAAAAAUCGGUGGAAACUCAGCCUCUGGAGGAAAUCGUUCAGCAUUCAGCUGAUCAGCUGCCAGAGACAACGAAAGAGACAAAAGUCAAAAGCAGAUCAAAUCGCAGGGAUUCGAUUUCUGAUCUCUUGGAGAGAUACAAAAAAAUUCGUGACCCGGCGAUUGCUAAAUACGAGAUACAAGAGUAAUUAUUGUUAAUUGAUGAUUGUAAUUACUGGCAAGUGUAUGAAGUAAUGGAUGCUAAUUAGACUGGGCCAAAAAAAUCGACAAUUUUUUUUUUAACAUCGAAAAUAUUAUUUGGGGUGACAAUAAAAAAAUUAUUGAAAAUUUGAGCCCUUGAUAUUUAAAUUAAGAAGUGUAUCAUCGCAAUUUUCGAUUUUUUUUUUUAUGAGCGGGUUUUUGUCUCAUAACUCUCAAACCAUUGAGAUAAACGAAAUCGACUAAGAGACAUUUCUUGAAGGAAAUUUUAUGCUCUACAAAAAAGGUCUGAUUGAAAUUUUUCGUCAGAUGAACCGUUUCUUUAUAAUCAUGCCUUGAACAUUAGUAUGAUUUUAAAAUUUGAUUGUU